AUGAACGAUAUAAACUGCCCACAUGUGUCAAGCAUUACUUUUAUUAACAGUAAUGGUGUAAUAAUUACAACAGAAAUUAAAAAAUCAAACAAAAAAAUGAAAGGGAACUUAAAUGAUGAAAAUAAUUAUGUUUUUUAUGAAAAAGAUUUAGAUCAUAUUAAAAGUGUCGUUCUUACUUUAAAACCAUUUCAUAAAGAAUUUGAAGAUAAUGUAAUAUUUAGAAUUAAAAAAAGAGAAGAUAAAUAUCGUUGUGAAUGGGUUUUACUUCUUAAAACAAUUAAAGAAGGUAUAAAAAAUGGAAAUAACAAAAAUUUUACCGAUGUAGAAAAAAAUGAAUGUGGAGAUAUAGAAAAUGAAGAAAUAGAAGAAAAAACAUUUGAUUGUAAUGAUAUAAAAGAUAUUAUGUUGAAAUAUGUAUAUUGUAUUACGUAUUUUGAUAAUUAUAUUGGAAAUUUAAGAAAAGAAAAUGCAAAAAAUAAUUCUAAAAACGAUAAUUUUAUUAAUGAAUACAUCAAGAUAAAUAACGAUUUUACGAAAAGUAAUUCAAAAAGUGAUCAUUUUAUGAAUGAAUAUAUGAAAAUUAAUAAAGGUUUAGAUAAUGACAGAGAUUUUAAUUUUGAUAAUUUAGCUAAAAAUAAUAAAUUGAUAGUGAAUAGUGGUACCUAUAAUAACAUAAAUGAACAAAAGUUAAAAUUUUCAGCAAGUCAUAACAAUAAUAUAAUAAAUGAAAAUUUAAAUAUUAUUAAUUGUAACAAAUAUAAUAAUAAUGAUAGUAAUACUAAUAGUGAUGCUAAUAGCAAAAGUAUUGUAAACAAUUAUGAUAAUAUUAAUUACGAUAUAAAACAAAAAAUAGACAAUAAAAAUAUGAUCAAUUACAAUUUAUGCAGUUCUUUAAAUAAUAAUUCUAAUUAUAAUACUAAUUAUAAUUCUUCAUCUUCUAAAGUAGAUGAUUUUUACGAUUUAACUGAUGAAAAUUCAUUAAAAAGUUAUAAUGAUGAUCAUAUAAAAUUAUUUAAAAGAUUACUCUAUAAUUGUAAUUCAGAAGAAAAUAAAGUAUUAAAUGAUUUUAAUAAAAACGUAAGUUUCAAUAAAUUAGGAAUGAACGAAAAUUACUAUACUUCACAUAAAAUAAAAGAAGAAAUAACCAACUAUAACAAAAAAAAUUUACCAAUAAAUAAUGAGAAUUCUGUUGCAGACAUGAUUGAUUAUAAUCAAAAUACUUUGAAUAAAAAAUCAAAAGAUGAGAAUAAAUUUUUGCAAAUUUUGGAAAAAAAUUUAAAUAUUUUAAAAUAUAAGAAACCAAACAUAUUUAUGAAUGAUGAAUCUCUACGAAAAGAAUUAGUUCAAUUUUUAAAAGAUAAUGAACAAGGAAAAUUUGAUGAUAAUAAGUUAAUUAAAAAUAAUAUUAAGGAUAUGUAUCAACUAGAAUAUAACAAAAGUCCUUUUUAUCAUGAAAACAUGAGCAAUUUAAAAAAAAUUUCAUCAGAUACUUUGAAUUAUUUUAAUAAAAAAAAUAACAGUAAUACGAAAUGUAAUUUUCAUCAAGACAAUGUUAACGUUAAUUCAUUAUCAAAUAAUUUUUUAGAAUUAUCAGGUGCAUCUAUAAUUAAUGAUAAAAAUAUAAAUAUAUUUGAUGAAAAAAAUAGAAAAGUAGAAAGUAAUAACUUAAGUGAUAAUAAAAAUGAUGAAAUUAAUAUAGAAUUAAUAAAAUUAUUUUUAAAAAGUCAAAUUAAAAACAAUGAUAAUAGAACCUUAAGUGAACAAAGUAAGUUAAAUGAAAAUUUUCAAAAAUUGCAAAAAAAAGGUUAUUUAGAGCAAAGAAAAAAUGAAGACAAUUCAAACAUUAAUUUCCUUUUAAACGAUAAAAAUUUUGAAGGCCAUGAUAAAUCUUCUGAAAAUAAUAGUAUCUUUAAUAAAAGUAAAAAUAUAUCUGAUGCUAAUGAAAUACAAAUAGAUAUAAAUAAAAAGAAACUUGAUUUCAGAAAUAGAAAAAAGGAAUUAAGUAAUAAUCAGGGAAAUUCUAUUCAUUUUAAUGAGAUAAAACAUAGCAAUGAGUUAAGUGAAAAUGAAAAUAAUAUGAGUAAUUUAAAAGUAAAUGAAUUAAAUGAAAAUGAAAAGAAAAAAGAAACUAAGCCAUUAAAUGCUCACUACGAAUAUAUCGUAAGUGAAAUAUUAAAAUUUAUGAUUAAACUAAAAAAUGAUAGUUCAAGUAAUAUAAAAAAUGAUAUAAAUGAAAUCGAUACGAAUCUACUUAAUAAUACCAUUAUGAAAUUUGUCAAGGAUUUAACUCCAAAUGAAAUGAAUCAAUUAAUUUCAAAUAAGGAUUAUAUUUUUUCAAAGAUAAUAAAUGAUAAAUAUGCAAAUGAAGAAAAAAAUUACUCAGAUGAUUCAAAUAUAAAAAUUCGUGAUUGCAUUUAUUUAAAUACAAAUAAUGAAAUACCGCAAUCAUGUAAUAAUCUUAUAGUGAAUGCAUAUAAAAAUAAUUUAAAUGACAAUGAUAAACCUCAUUUUUAUACUAAUACAAAUAUUCUACAGGUAAAUAAAAAUAAAUCAAAAGAGAAACAUUAUGAUGAAAAAAAUUUAUUAAAUUUAAAGAAGCAAAUUGAAAAUGAUACAAAUAACACAGUUAAUAAUAAAAAUUUAAAUGUAACUAGCAUAAUAAAAACCAAUAUGAUAAACAAUUUAAAUAAUUAUGCAAUAGAGAAUUCGCAAAAUAUUAUAUUUUAUAAUAAUAACAAUAAUAAUAAUAAUAGUAAUAAUAAUAAUAAUAAAAUCAAAUUAAAGGAGGAAAGAACAAAAAAAAGGGGUGUAGAUAGCUUAGAUAAUAAUGACCAUUUUAUUGAAGAUGGGAAAGUAAAGGAAAUGAAAAUAUGCAAAUCGAAAGUAAAAAUGAAAAAUAAUUUUAUUAAUAAUAAUGAAGAUAUUAAUCUGAUUAAUACAAAAAUAUGCGAAGAGAUUAAUAACAACAAUAAUAAUAUUCAUAAUGAUAAUAAGAAUAUAUUUAAAUUAUCAAAUGAAAAUAUAGAUUUAUUAUAUAAUUAUUAUUUGCAUGUAUGUAAAAAUAAUAUGAUGUAUUCUAAUUUAUAUAAAAACAAUAAUAAAUUAACAGAUAAUUCAAAUAUUAAUUAUGUUAAUAAUAUAAGUAAUAAUAAUAUAAGGAGUAGCAAUAAUAUUAAUAGUAAUAAAAAUAUUAAACAUCAGGUGGAUCAUAUUAAAAAUUGUCUAAAUAUCAAUAAGAAUAUUAAUAAUAAUAUUAAUAUGAAUUAUAAUGAUAAUUAUAAAAAUACAAGAAAUGUGACAGAUCAAGUAAAUAAAAUGUUUCAUAAUUGCUUUUGUAAUUUAAAAAAUCUUAAUGAUAAAACUAUAUGCAACAAGUUAAUGAAUAAUGGAAACGGAAACGGAAAUGAUAACAAAAAUUACGAAAAUUUUAUAUAUAAUUUAAAAAAUAAUCUUAAAGUUACCAAUUUGAAAAGAAAUGAAGAAGAAUUAAGUGAAAAUAUAAAAUUAAAUGAGCAAUCUAAUUGCAAUAAAAAUAACCCAGAAAGUAAUAAUUUUAGUAAAAGUAACAUUUUGCAAAUUUUCCAUUCAAACAAUCUCUUGAACAUUAUAAAAAGUAAAGAUGCGUGUGACAAUAAAAAAAUGACAAAUAAUAAUAUGAAUAUUUUAGAAAGGAUAGAAAAUUUUAAAAAGUUUGAAAACGAAUUUAAAUUAUUUAUGAACAGAUAUCAAAAUAAUGAAUUCCUAAAUAAUUAUCAGAAAAAUAUAAGUCGAUUAUUAGAAGAUUUUAAAAAGAGAAAAACAUAUAAUUCUCACUAUGAGCUUCCAAAUAAUAGCAACAUAAAUGUCAAAUAUAACGAUGAGCAUAUAUUAAAAGCUAUUUUAAUAAAUAUGAUAAAAGAAUUAUCUAAUUCAAGAAAUUACUUGAACAAAGAAGCAUUUAUUUCAAAAAGUAAUAAUAAUAAUAAUAAUAAUUUAUCUUUUAAUGAUUAUAAUAAAAGAAAAAAUUCAUUAAAUCAAGAGAAAAAUAUAAAUAAAAAUAUAAAUAAUAAUAUGAGUCAGCAUUUUCAUAACAAUAUGAACAGCAACAUGAACUAUAAUGUAAAUUUAGACACAGUUAAGAAUAUAUACAGAAAACUACUUAUAAAUAAUAAUUUAAGUAAUGCUAAUAAUUAUUAUAAUAACUAUUGUCAUAGCAAUAUUAUUAAUUUUAAUAAUUGUAGAAAUAAUUAUUAUAAUAAUAAAAUUUUAAAUCAAAAUUUAAAUAAUAUAACGAAGGGCGAUGAACAAAGUGAUAUAAAUAUUCAUAAUAACAUGUGUAAUGUUAAUAAAAAUAUUGAUAUUAACACAAACACUUACAUAAAUAAACAAAUAAAAAAUAAUAAUUCUAAUGCAUUUAACACAUUUGAUGAUAAAAAGUCUUUUAAUAACAAUAAAGAUAAUAAUAAGGAUAAUAAUAAUGAUAAUAAUGAUAAUAAUAGUAGUAGUAGUAGUACUACUAAUAAUAAUAAUAAUAAUAAUAAUCAUUCAUGUGGUUGUUUUAAUAAUAAUUAUAAUAAUUCAUCAAAAAAUUUAAUUAACGAUGAAAUUAUUUUACAUAAGGAAAAUAAUUCAAACAUAAGAAAAAAGGAAAUGAAUGUAAACACUAGUAUGACUAAUUUACGUUCCAAUAAUUAUCAAGAAUUUAACAAAAUGAAAAGUAUAGAAAAAGAGUUUUCUCAUCAAAAAACUAAAACCAAUUUAUAUGAUGAGAAAAUUUUUAAAAAUAAAAGUAUUAAUUUUAAAAAUGAUAAUAUCGCUAAUAUAGAAGGUAAUACAGCCAUUGAUUCCAUAUUAAAUAAUAAUGAUAAUAAUUUAAAUUCCAUAAAACUGGAUGAUGAUGCUAAUAAUACUGAUAAAAUUAAAAAAAAAGAAAUUUUCGAAGAAUUUCAAACAAAAAAUAAGGAAAAAUAUUCUUUUAUUUUUAAUUCAAAUAUAGAUGAUUCUUCUACUAUUUCUAAUUUCUCAAAUUGUGCACAAAGUUUACAGAGUAUUAAUGAUAUAAAUAGCAAUCAAUGUGAUAAUUUAAAUAUGCAAAAAAAAGAUGAUAUAAAAUUAACAGAAGCGUUAUUACAGAAUAAUGACACUAAUAUUGAUAAAAACUAUCAUACAAACAAAAAAAAAAAAAAAUUUUUUAUUGAUCUUAAAAGUAUGAAGCAUAGUAAUCUUAAAGAAUUGCUACUUAAAAAAUUAUCCUACCAAAAUAUGAGUAGAAAUUACAAUUCAGAAAAAAAUAAUUUUGACAACAAUUUGCAUUUAAUUAAAAGUAAAAAUAAAGAAUGUAUUUAUAAAAGUGUAUAUAAUGAUAAAAAUUCCAAUAAAUGUUAUGAUGUUAGUAUAAAAACAAGCUUUUAUAACAGUUAUUCCUCCUAUAGCUCUUUAAAUAUUAAUUUCUUUUGCCUUUUUGAUGAUAUGUAUGAAAAUUUUUUUAAAAGUGAUUUUGAGGAUCGCGAAAAAAUGAUAAAAAUCUUAAACCUUGAUAAGGAUAUAUGCUAUAAUCAGCUACUAACUUUUUAUAAAAAAAAAAUAUUCUUUGAAAGUAUAGACGAAAGAGAAAAAAAAAAUUUAUUGAAUUCUUACAAUGGAAUUAGCUUAAAUAAAAACAAAAAUUGUUUAGAUGAUAGAAAUGUUUUGGUUUUGAGGGAUUUACAAAUGAAUAAUAUCACAUUAGUAGAUAAAGAGCAUUGUUAUGAUCAAAAUAAAGAUUUAUUAUAUAACAGUGAUACAAUGCAAAAUAAAAUUGAUCACAAUUUAAAAGAUGAAAACAAUUUGAAUGCUCUUAAUUUUAAAGAAGAAGUAGAUUACUUUAAGAAGUUAAUAAAUGAAAUGGAUAAUUUUAAACAAGUAUAUAACAUUCAAUCAAACAAUAAGAAUAGUUCAGAUAUUAAAGACGACUAUAAGAGAAAUUUUAUGAAAAAUUGUAAUAAUAAAAAUAGAAAUAUUGAUAAAACAACAAUCACUAAUCUAAAUGAUAUAAAUAAUAACGAAAAUAUUGACUUACGUGAUAAAUCCAUAGAAAAAAAUGGAAAUUAUUUUGAUUUGGAAAUGGAACCUCCACUAAUUGAAAUAAAUAAUGAUAAAUUAAAUAAGAUGUGUAUUGAUAAAAAUAUUAAAUUAAACAACGAAAAUGAUAUUAAUAUUGAAAAAGAUCAAAACAAUGAAGGAACACAAAUAAGUGAUAAAAAAGAUAAGAUUGAUAAAACUUCACUAAAUAAUGCAAAAGAAAAAAGUGUUAUAAAUGAAGGGAUUGAUGAAAAGAAACAUAUGGAUAAUUUUAAAGAAAAUUUUAGUGAUCAUUCUUUCGAUAGUGAUAAUGCACAUGAAUUACUGGAAACAGUUUUUGAAAAAUAUAAUAAUGAAGAAAUACAAAAUGAUUUAACUAAUCAUAAAAACACUAUUGAGUUUGAAAUAAAUAUUAAAAGCUUAGAAGAGGAAAAUAAUGUAAUGUUUAAAUUUAUUUCUCAUAAAAUUAAUUGCAUAAGAAAUAAUAUGUGGAAUGAAAGUAUUGAAGAAUUGCAAAAUAAAGAAAUAAAUGAAUUAUUAAAAAAAGAGAGAGAUGAAAAGAUUUCUGAUGCAAGUAAUGAUAAAAAAGAUGAUAUGAAUAAUCCUAAAAAUGAUAUAUACUAUUUUAAUAUUUAUACUAAUGUAUGGGAAAACGUUGAUUUAAAUGUUAGUCAUAAAUUAUUAGCAUCUUUGCAAUUAAAAAAAAAAAUCAUAAAUAGAUACUAUAAAAAUGAUUAUGAAGAUAAGAAUUUUAUAACAUUUAGUGAAUGGAGUAUUUACAAUUUAAUAAUAUCAAAAAUUUAUAAAAAUUUAGAUAUGAAGAAAUUUGAGGAUUAUCAGCUAAAAGUAUAUAAAAUGAACAAGUUUCAAUAUGAAUUAAGAAAGAGAAACACUUAUAAUUUUGGAAUAAAAGUAGUAGGAAAUUUAUAUUCAAAAAAAAAUGAUCAAAAGAGCAAAGCAAAAGAUUAUAAAUUAAAUGAAAAUAGUAAAAAUUCUAAAAAUUCAGAAGAGUAUUCUGAUUUCUAUGAUUAUGAUGAUGAUAUUGAAGAAGAUGAUGAAUAUGAAUAUGAAUAUGAAGAUGAAGAAGAAGAAGAGGAGGAGGAAGAAGAAUGUUUUAGUACAGAAAAAGAUUCAAAACACGAAAUUAUAAAUGAGACAGAUAAUGAAAAUAAUGAUAAAAACAAAAUAAAUAAAGAAUAUAAUAUAUGGAAUCAUAUAGAUAAAAAAGGUGUAAAAGAGGAAAAGGAUAGUAAAAUUAUAAUAGUAGAUAAUGAAAAAAAAGAAUUAAAUAAUCUCAAAAAUGCAUUAAAUUCAAAUGAAGAAAAGGAAAGUUUUGAAGGAAAAGGAAAUAAUGGAAACAAAAGUAUGCUACUAAGAAGAAAAAGGAGAAGUAGUAUGCUAAAUGUUAAUUAUAAUGAAAAUAUUUUAAAUAAAAUAAAUGGUAAGAGAAAUAAGAAGUUAAGAGAAGGUGAUAAAACAGAAAAAUCUAAUCAUAGUUCCUAUGAAGUCUCAGCAAAACAAAAAAAUAAUAAAAAUAAAAAAGUGCAGAUGAUUAAGAAAAGAAUAAGAGGGAAAAGGAACUUUAAUACAAUGAGAAAUAAAAAAUCAAACUUAUAUUACUUAAUACAGUUACCAGAUUAUGCAAGUUAUAAGGAAUUAAUAAAAAGUAAGAGCGAAUGCUUACCCACAUAUAUAUUACAGUAUGAGCAAUUAAAGAAAAAUGAAUGUAUUUUCUUUAACAUUCAAAAUCAUUAUAACAGUUUUAUUAAUAAUGUUUAUCAUUUUGCUAUUAGCUAUGAGCAGUCAUUAAAACAUAAUGAAUAUCUUAAUAACACGUUAAAUAAUGUAAAAGCAAGAUUACAUAUUAAGAGAUUAUGCUUAAAAAAAAAUAUUACAAUUCGAGAUAAUAUAUAUGAUAUAUGUAAUACUUACUUUAAUGAUUUAUAUACAUAUGAUUCAAACCAUCUUACCUUUUUUUUUCAUAAUUCUAAGAAAAGUAAAAUGAAUGAAAUGGAAAAGAUGAUAAAUAAUCAAGAUUAUUAUAGUAACUAUGUGAAUGAUUAUUUAGAAAAUGAAACAUUAAAAAAGAAAAAAAAAAAAAAGAAUAUGGCGAAAUUAAAUAGUGUUAAUAAUAAUCAAAUUAAUGAACUAAGUGAGAAUCUUAUAGUAAAAAAAGAACCAAAUUAUUAUAAUCAGAUAAAUUCUUAUAUAAACGACGAUUCUAAUAAAAAAGCAGAAUAUAAAAAUUCAUUAAUUAAUGACGAAUCUAAGACAGGAAAAACUAACGAUGCAGUAUAUUCUUCAUCAGAUGUAGAUAAUAAGGAACUUUGUGACAACUUGAAUUAUGUAAACUUUUUAAAUGAUAAUAACAACAAAAAUAAUGAUUUUUCCUUGAACGAAAAAGCAAUUGAAGAUGAACAAGAUGUAGGAAAUAAUGUAGUUGAAUUUGAUGUUUUUAAAUAUGAAGACAAUAGUUUCUUUUCAAAUAUUAAUACAAGUACUAAUUUUGAAAAUGCUAAUGAUAAAAAUCAGUUUAAUAACACAAAAGAAAAUUUUCUUAAUUAUUAUAAUAAAAAUACUAAUAAUGUAUCUUUUGAAAAACAGGAAAAACGAAAAAGCAAAAAGUUUAACAAUAAAAAUAAUGAAUUUCUUUUUAACGGGAGUAUAAAUCAUGAUGAUAUAAUACAAUAUAUUGAUAUACAAUAA